AGUAGUAGUAAAGGAAUAGUAGUAGUAGUAAGGGAGUGAAAUCUCAUGCUUUGGGGGAGGAGGAGUGGGAUAUGCUAGCACUUCCCCCAAGACUGGGUGGGAUGGGGAUCACCAACCCUGAGAAGCUGGCUGAUAAGGAUAACCAAAACUCCAUCAGCCUUACCAGGUCACUCAUCAACAGGACCAUCGCUCAGGAGGCAGAGGGCGAGAUAGACCAAACAGAAAAAAGAGAUAUUAAAAGAAAAAUCUCAGAAGAAAGGCAACAGGCCCAAAAAGACGAGCUGGACCGUCUUACACACCACCUGUCCACAGAAAUGGGUAGAAAAAUACACACAGCACAGGAGGCAGGCGCCUCUAACUGGCUAACGUCAUUACCAAUCAGAGCAAAGAGCUUCAGCUUCAACAAACAAGAAUUUGUCGACGCCAUUGCUCUGAGAUAUGGCUGGCCGAUUGAGGGACUGCCUGAUUUCUGUGCAUGUGGAUCAGCAAAUGAUGUCACCCACACCAUGACAUGUAAAAAAGGAGGCUUCGUCUGUAUUCGACACGAUGAAGUGAGGGAUCUGACAGCCAGCAUGCUCGGGGAGGUAUGCCAAGACGUCACUACCGAGCCGGCACUGCUUCCCCUGGACGGCGAACACCUUCGAUACAGGACGGCCAAUACCUCACAGGAGGCACGGGUUGAUGUAAGUGCCCGCGGAUUCUGGGUGCGCGGACAGCGGGCGUUCAUGGACAUCCGCAUAUUCGACCCGAUAGCUGCCUGUCACCGUGAGCUGCCCCUGCAAGCCGCCCACCACAGGAACGAGCAGGAGAAGACAAGGGCGUACGGUGAAAGAAUCCAACAUGUGGAUCAGGGCAGCUUCACCCCCCUCGUCUUCACCACAUCCGGCGGGAUGGGUCCCACGGCCCAAUGCUUCUACGCACGCCUCGCGGAACUAAUCUCAGAAAAGAAGCAACAGCCAAGGAGCCACGUUGUCGCCUGGAUGAGGUGUCGCCUCUCGUUCUCCCUGCUCAGGUCGGCCAUCCUAUGUCUCAGGGGCACCAGACACUCUGGCCCAAAAGCCACCACCAUCUCCAAUAUGGACUAUGAAGCCACAGUGGUGGAGAGUGACAUUAGGGUGGGUCGGGAGUGACUUGAGUAGGGAAGGAAAGGGGGAUCUAGACGUAAUAGAUGAUAGGUGAUUUAGUGUCAGGUAGCAUUAGUGAUAUGGUUGGAUGCCACAGUCAUUAGCGAACAGAGUUGGGGCUAAUGACCUCCAAGCUAUGGAGCCCUCCAUGAUUAUGUGUCGGGAAAUUAAACAUGGGUGGAGGUAUCAUUUAUGUAGUAGUA